GGCAGCCCCCGCCUGGCCCAGCAGCCAUGGGCGCGUCGGGGCGGCUCCUGCAUGCGGUGCUCAUGGGCGCCCCGGGCUCCGGCAAGCACACCCUGGCGUUGCGCAUCACCAAACACUUCCAGCUGCAGAAGUUCUCCAGCGGGGACCUGCUCCGAGACAACAUGCUGAGGGGCACAGAGUUCGGCGUGCUGGCCAAGGUUUUCAUGGACCAGGGGAAGCUCAUCCCGGACGACAUCAUGACCCGGCUGACCCUUCACGAGCUGAAAAACUUCACCCAGGAGAGCCGGCUGCUGUGCGGUUUCCCCAGGACACUGCGGCAAGCUAAGGCCCUGGAGAGAGUUUAUCAGAUACACCUGGUGAUGAACCUGAAUGUGCCCGUUGAAGUCAUCAGGCAACGCCUCUCCGCUCGCUGGAUCCAUCCGAGCAGCGGGCGCGUCUACAACCUCGAAUUUAACCCUCCCAAAGCGGUCGGCUUGGACGAUCAGACUGGCGAGCCUUUGGUUCAGCGUGAGGAUGACAGACCGGAGACACUUACCAAGAGGCUGAAGGCUUACGAAGACCAAACCAAACCCGUCCUGGAAUAUUACCGGAGAAAGGGGGUGUUGGAAACCUUCUCCGGAACAGAAACCGACAAGAUUUGGCCCUAUGUGCAUGCUUUCCUGCAAACAAAAGUUCCACAAAUAGACCAGAAAGCAUCGGUGACUCCAUGAGGGCGAAUGCUUGCAAUUAGCAAGAUGAGCAGAAUCUCUUCCCUCCUUUCUUUGAGAAGUUCCUUGUUCUAAGGCUCCACGGUGUAUGAAUUCCUUGAGACUUAUAUUAGUUUCGUUUCUAGGAAUUUUAUUUUGGAUACUGAGGAUAAUGCCAAAUGAGUCUCCAUGCUGAUAUUUGUCUUUGGAAAUUGCCGAGUGUGUUUUAUCCAGCUAUGGGUUUGCGACUCAAAAACAUCAGAGAUGUCCAGGCUUCAAAAAAAUUCUUUUAGAGCAAAAUGAAAAGAGCAAUGGGUAAUAACCUGACUUUUGCUCAGGAGGGAAAAGUGAUUGGUGUCAUAUUUUUCUGGAAAAGUAAAAAAAAAAAAAAAGUUACAUUAUACUAAUUUGGAGACAAUAUCUCAUCAGAGGCUUUUGUGUAGCCAGAUGCCAAAAAAGGCAUUUCUAACACAUGGGGCAUGGUUUUGUGAGAGGCUGUAUCUAUAAAAUUCCAGAUAAAAAUAACUGGAUUUACAGAUUCUGGGCAGCAUGCAAGUUCACUGCUGCCUUUAAACUAAGAAACCUGUCAGGUGGCUGGCUAAACUACAUUUAUUUUGUUGUUGAACAUACUUUCAGUUUACUUGGAAUUUUCAAGUUGCUAUAAAAAUGUAUCAAAUAACAUUUAGGAAAGUAUUACUUUGAUGUGACUUGUUUUCUUCUGAGGGAUAUAAUUGAUGUUAGAAAUUGACAUUAUGAUAUAAGCUCUUCAAUAAGCACCAAAGUUGAAUGGAUGUUCUUUAAUGGAAAAUGUAAUUGACAUCUGAACAUUUUCAGAGGUUACAGGGGUUAAGAAAUGUGUGCUUUAGGAUCUACUUGCCAGUUCUUUUUGAUCAUUGUGCCUAGAAGAGUAACAAAGUCUUUUUUUUUUAAACAAAGAAAAACUCGAGAGACGCUACAUAAAAUACACAUACUUUGUCAUUAGGAAAUAGAAAUAGAUCUGGCAUACCUGGUGGGAAAUUUCUUUGACAAAUACCGCAGUCAUAAUUAAUAAACAGGUGUAGCAAUAAAAAAGCUUUCUAUGAGAGGUAAAAAGGACCAGGAAAGUGAGUUUGUUGAAGGCGGAGUUCUUUAUUCCUUAUGGAAGAAGGUGAUACCUGGGAGCGUUCACUGACAUCCUCUCUUAUGGGGAGAAGUCCUGCCAGUACGUGUGUAAUCUGACCAGCCAUUUUUGAAUCCUUAUUUUAGAUUGCUUCGUGGGGUUGGGAGGACACAUGCUUACCUACCAUGGCCUGGCAGGAGUUGGGGAGAGAGGUAGAGAAGAAACACUGUAUCUUCAAUGACAUAUUUACUUUUAUUUCAGUUGGUGCUAAAUCAAAGGAAGCAAGUUCUUGUACAUGCUGUUAUUAACUGCCUUUGAAAAUGUGGCCCAUUUCACUCCGGACACUUAAAAUACAAAACCCAGCAAAUGUCUCUUACAUAUUUGGGAGAAGGACUUUCUUUCUUUCGAUCGUAUUUUUCGUUCAUUGUCAGUUUUUCAAAAUGGACCAAGUCUUUUUAAAAGGGUUACAGAAAACAUUUCAUCCUUCAAAAUAUUUUCUAUAAUGACCUACUUGGAUAUUAUGUGCUUUCUAGAAAGGUGAACUACUCAACUUAUGAGCUAUCACGAGUCACUAGGUUAUAAGACACACGUUAGUCUUCGUUACAGUAAAAUUACACUUCAGAAAAAAAUAGCUUCAUCUGCUUAUUCAGGUUAUUUUAAGGAUCAAAUUUUAAUCUCCAUGACCUCUAGUUGAUUUGUUUGUGACCGCUUUAUCCUUACACAGCAGAGAAAUUUACUUAUGCUUAUUUUUCUAAUUGAAGCCUUGUUGACAUAUAAUAGUUUCAGGUAUACAACACAGUGAUCUGACAAUUCAAUAUAUUAACGCAGUGCUCACCACAGUAAGUGUAAGUCACUAUGUUAUUACAGUCUUAUUGACUAUAUUCACUAUGCUGUACCAUUCAUCCCUGUGACUUAUUUAUUUUAUAACUGGAAGUUUGUGCCUCUUCAUCUACUUUUCCCAUUUUGCCCAUCCCCUCACCAUCCCUCCCCUCUGGCAAUCACCAGUUUGUUCCCUGUAUUUAUGAGUCUGUUUCUGUUUGUUUGUUCAUUUGUUGUAUUUUUUUAGCUUCCACAUAUAAGUGAAGUCAUAUCGGAUCUGUCUAUGUGAAAUCAUAAGGGAUUUGUCUUUGUCUGGCUUAUUCUUACUUCCUCUUCUGCUUGCUCUGUUUUUUAUCUUGCUUGAGUGUUAAUUUGCCUAUUUUGUUCAGUUUGUUGUGUUUUGUAGGGCUGGGUCUUCCUCGAAUGUGUGGUGAUCCGGACUCUGUAAUCUUCUAUGUAUGGCUGAGAGUCUCCAUCAGUCCGUAUCCCCUGCCAGUGGGUGUCGUCCAUUUGGGGAGAUUGCUGGUCUGAAUUGAGACUAUUCUCAGGGACAGAAGAAGGAUAAGCUACUGAGUGAGAUCUCUCUGGGGUGUUCAGGUCUACGCCAUUCCCCUGGCAAUGGACAGCCUCAAGACACAUGGCCAUGCCCACCUAAUUUCGGCUCCCUGUCCAUGACUCCUACCUGAAGGCUGACAUUUUGUCACUGCUAUUCAGGUCAAGAGCAGACAGAAGGGCAUCAGUGGAGGAUGAAUCGUCGGCCCCUCCUGCAGCAAUGGCCCAAGGACCAACAUGUUGAUUGUCCUUGAUACCCUUCUGCUUCUGGUGCCUGCCAGCUUUGGGGAUGGAGCAGGCUUGGUGCUCCCUGCACCUUUCCACCCGUAGUCUUCUGUGUGCAUUUUAGAUUGGGUUUUCUGUUGUUGCAUCAAUCAACUCUACAUGCCACAUUUCAGGAUCUAUCCUGGUUUCUGGUUCACUGGAAUUGAAGUGCUAUGGCAGAGAAGAAUCUGUAGGACUUAGUAGGGUCCUUAGUCAACUACCCUGAAAUGGAACCAGAUUUCCUUGUCCAGCCUCAAAAUCUAUAUGUCACCAAGCCUUGAGCUGCAGCUUUCAACUCUGGCUGCACAUUAGAAUCAGCUGGGGAGCUUUAAGAGAACACUGAUAGCCCCGAUAUUGUGAUUGAAUUAUCAGGUGUAGUGGGAUGGGGAGCAGAAUCAUGGUCAUUGCUAUGGUUGCUGUAUUUUAAGAGCUCCCUAGCUUUUAUAAGUCACUGUCCUAAAGUACCAAGUUGAUUAACGGAAAGCACCAGCCUAUACAUCAGUGUUCAGCAGCGACUCAGAACCACCUGGCCCUCUCACCAGCUGGAACUUGCAUCACAAAAGGCUCUGUGCCCCUUGUCACUUUUCUCCCCCACACAUGCCUAUUUAAGCAAUGGAUAUUUUAUCAUUAUUCUAUCAUGAGUCAUCCCCACAGCUAACAUUUUUUUCAUUUUUUACUUUAUCUGUGUUGCUGAUCAAAUGCCACCCAGUUAACUGGGUUUUCUGACUUGCUUAAACACCUUUUCCUGGGUGGCUAGUUGGUCAAGUUCUCUGAUGCUUCUAUGGCAUUUCAACUCAGCUAAUGAUGCUCAUUUUCCAGUGCACGGGUUGUGAAGCCACCUUGCAGCGGAAUCAUGAUACAAGGGUUUGAUGUUGUCUAAUCUUCAAAAUGGGUUUGGUUCAGUUCUAACUAAAACCUGGGGGGUGAAAAAGCCAAUAAGUGGACUCUAAAGAUGAAGUAGCCCUGAAACACAAUUUGUUUCUCUGAAAACAGCUAUGUUUUAUGUUAGUAACUAACGUACACCUAGAUCAGCUGAAAUGGGAACACGUUUAUAGGCAAUUGUAGGAUAUCCUUAUUCUCCAGUUUGGCCCACGAUCGAGGUCAAGGCUGCUGGUCUUGUCAGGUCCUUGCACACUCCUGGUGGUUGACCAUCUAGACAAGCUUACAGUAGUGCCUUCUCCAGCAAAGCGCAGGGAAACUCCGGGUAUCCAGAAAAAACGCUGAGUUUGAACAGAGUGCGGCUGCACAGUAGGUAUGAGGAAGGAGGAAGGAACAUUGAGGCACCCAGAGGAAGACUGUGAAUACGACACAGUGGCACCACCGUCCCUUCAGCAAGCUGACAAAAUCUGCGUAAUAUCGAGAGCCUGGAAAACGUAUUCAAAAUUAUUGGUCGUUGUGGAGUACUCCCAAGAGGCUGGGAUUUUCUGUAGGUAAUCAGAAUGUGUGUUUAAUGAAGUGGAUGGACGUCCGGCCACACAGAUACCAAAUGUGGUGAUUGUCAAAGUGGAAGGCUUUGAGAAUUGACCAAACACCCACCCGGUCAUGAUUCCAUGGGUAAGGGCAGAAGCCACCGAGUGGGAGAAACGGAGGAAGUUAAGGUUAGAUGUUGACUGGAAAGACUCAGAAGAGAAUGGGCCAUUGCUUAUUUGCAGGACAUGGGAUUUGAGGGUGCAGUAGAUCAGAAGGAAAUCUCUAGAACCAAGAAAGAAAUGAGAAGAGAUUGAAAAGCGAAUGGACAGAAUUGCGAGAAGAGUAAAACAACAGACCCAUGCUUAGUGGUCAUGAGUUCUAGUUCUCCUUUCUCAAUGUUCUUAUUUCUUCUUAUGAAAAAUCACUCCUACUAUAUCCCUUGAGCACUGGGACAUUGGAGAAGAACCAUUAACUCUGGUAAAUGAAGAGAGGUCCAGGUACAUUACUUUGAAGCAAAUGCAGUCUUAAUGGGGUUUCCAUCUAGCAAGAGUAGGACUUGCUUCCUGGAGCCAUCACCAUUUGGAAUAGCUAUUUCAUGGGGCCCUCAAAGGUGGGAACAUCACAGGCCAUAUGUCUUCACUGGUGAUCCUUUCAGAAAUCCCCGGAGAACCCGUGAAAAUCUUUAGCAAAUUCAACAGUCCCAGAACCUUCCUUUACUUAGUCUCCAGAAGGGCGCUCUCACAGGUUAACAAAUUUAAGCAGUAAAGGAGUUUGUUAGCUCUCUUGUCACUUAAAAUGCCCUUGCGAAAUGCGGUAGCCAGGAACCGUUGGGAGAUGAAAUCUUACCAGGAAGCUGUAGGGACUGCCGGGCCUCAGAGAGAUGUCAAGCGCUGGUCAAUGCUGCUUCUGCA